CAGGCUGUAAUUCUCCCUCCAGCCUGCGGCGGCGCUGCUGCGUUACGUCACUGUUUCCUCCGUCAGUAAAGCAGAAACCAGAAGCAGCAGCAGAGCGGCUCUCAGGCUGUAAAAUGAGCUCCAUCGGGACCGGGUACGACCUGUCGGCCUCCACCUUCUCUCCAGAUGGACGAGUGUUUCAGGUGGAAUACGCCAUGAAGGCCGUGGAGAACAGCAGCACAGCCAUUGGGAUCCGCUGUAAGGACGGCAUCGUGUUCGGGGUGGAAAAGCUCGUUCUGUCCAAACUGUACGAAGACGGAUCCAACAAACGCAUCUUCAACAUCGACAGACACGUCGGCAUGGCUGUAGCUGGACUGUUGGCUGAUGCUCGAUCGCUCGCUGAAGUCGCCAGAGAAGAAGCUUCAAACUUCAGAUCAAACUACGGACACGACAUUCCUCUGAAGCACCUGUCGGACAGAGUGGCCAUGUACGUCCACGCCUACACCCUGUACAGCGCCGUCAGGCCGUUCGGCUGCAGUUUCAUCCUGGGUUCGUAUGACAAAGACGACGGUCCUCAGCUCUACAUGGUCGACCCGUCUGGCAUCUCAUACGGUUACUGGGGAUGCGCCAUCGGAAAAGCAAAACAAGCCGCCAAGACGGAGAUCGAGAAGCUGCAGAUGAAGGAGAUGACGUGCAGAGAGCUGGUUAAAGAAGUCGCUAAAAUAAUCUACAUUGUUCACGACGAGGUGAAGGACAAAGCGUUUGAGUUGGAGCUCAGCUGGGUGGGAGAAGUCACAAAUGGACGACACGAGUUUGUACCCAAAGACGUCAGAGAGGAAGCAGAGAAAUACGCCAAGGACUCUCUGGAGGAGGAGGACGACUCCGACGAGGACAACAUGUAAAACUCUGCACUCGAUCUGCUCGGACCGGAUUCUUUUUUAUGUUUUAUAGUUCACAAACACGUUUUGUUCUUUUUGCUUUUUGUUUCCAUGAAUUUCAACUUUGACAAUAAAGUUGGAGGAAAAGUU